AUGGUCAGCCGUUCGACGCGUCAGUCAACUGCAAACGCGAUGGACGUCGACGAAGCCCCUUCGCUUCAGCCAAUUGACCGUCUUCUACUCGCCCAGGCGGUUUGGGAAUUGGGUGCGAACUCUUGGCCUGCGGUCGCAAAAUUGCUCACCAAACACCCCCUUCUUCACCACCCCAAGUCUUUCUUUACUGCCCAAUCAUGCCACGCUAUGUACGACUCUCUCAUGAAAGAAGCAGGUUUGGAUGGUGCUGGGGCUGUGGAUGCGAUCCAUGCUCCAAUACAUCUGCAGUUGGCGCAGAAGCACUACCAAGCUCGCGUGAACGAACUUCGCGACCUAAUACUUGCCGAGGAAACGAAAUACAAGUUGCUGGUUGCUGAGAUUGAUACUAUACGUAAUGACAACGCGAAAUCGAGUGGGCACAAGGAGGUGGACAACAACAGCAGACAAGAGGUAGAGGUAGAAGAAGUGGGAGUGACUGCUCCGAGUCCACACGGCGAAGAGCCGACUACACAGGCCGAAUCGACUCCUGCUGAAGCGGUUGAUGACAUUCGACAGCAUGAGUUACACACGGAGCAGGAGGACGAGGAACGACAUGGGGAGCAGGUACAGGAAGACGAGGCACAGCAGGAGGCACAGCAAGAAGACGAUGAAAUCAUUGUACAGAACGUCGAUGUCGAUAUUCCUCUUCAAGAAGACACCGACACUGCAGUUACCUCACCUCCACCUGUGGAAGAGGCACUAACAAAAGAGCCUUCAUGGUCACCGUCGCCACCGUCGCCGCCCUCGCCGGAGUUGGGUAGAGAUCCCUCUAUUCUCCCUGGUGCCCAGGGACAAGACGCAAAGGAGGCAGACACAGCGUCCACUGGAUCACCGCCUCUGGGAGAUGUUCCGAUGGAACAAGACCACGUAGACGUAGAAGCACCGCGCAGCCCUCAAGGCGAAGACCUUCCUGAAGAUAUUGAUCAAUCCAUGGGCAUUACUGACGGUGAUGGGGACCAAGUGCCGCCGCCCUCUGGACCGAACGCUGGAGUUGCGGUUGCGGUUGCGGAGGAGGACGAAUCAGAACCUGAACCUGAACCCACUCUUGAAGAUACGACUAAGCGAGAAUCCUCCCCGUCGUCAGUUACCACUCGGUCGAACACCAGCCCCUUUGAAGUACAGCCUAUGGUGGUGGAUGAAAUCGAAGUAAUGACGAAGGGCAGCGAACCUGCUGAUGUACAGGAAGAUGAUGCAGAUGAGGAGCCAGCUGAGUCUCCCACCCCUCAAGACGAUGCAUCUAGUCAUCGACGCGAAGGCAAACGUAAAGCUUCUUCCAUAGAGUCUCCCGCAGAGUCUGUUCGCGACCGUAAACGUCCCCGUGAUGGUUCAGAACCUCUCGACGAGGAGGAAACAGGCAUGUCCUCGUCUGGUCCUUCCCGCCGCAAAGGGAACCGUCAAACAGACGAGCAACUCGCCAACAAGCGUUUCCAAAAUGUCAUAGGACUUCUUCACUCCCAAAUCUCCCAACACCGCAACGGCACCAUCUUUCACAAUCCCAUCAAGAACUCCGAAGCUCCCGACUACCAUGAAAUCGUGAAGCGGCCAAUGGACCUCAAGACCAUUAAAGCGAGAAUCAAGGAUGGGGCGAUAUCCAACUCGCUGGAAUUUCAGCGGGACAUUUACUUGAUGUUCGCGAAUGCGAUGAUGUACAAUAGACCCGGGUCUGACAUAUACUCGAUGGCAGAAGAUAUGAUGCUUGAAAGCGAAGACUUCAUCCAUUCUUUCCGUCAAACGGAGGGCUUUGUUCGGGGCACGCAAGGACACCGUAUGUAG